AUGGGUGACCAUAGGAAAAAUAAGCGUCAGAAGACAGACGAUUCUCAUGCAGAGCAAGUAGCAGAAGAGGCAGAACAAUCUCUUUUGAAACAUCCCCAUAAGGAUAGCAAUGUAGAGUUGGUGCAUCAUGAUGAUGGAGAGUUCUCUGAAUUGAAGAGGCACAAGACUACUACAGCUGAAGCAAUAAAAUUAGAGAAUGGCCCUAAAAAUCCGUUCUCAGGAACAGAAUUGAGCGCGAAGUACUUUGAUAUUUUGAAAGUUAGAAGAGACCUACCUGUGCAUUCCCAAAGGGAAGAGUUUUUAAAGAAGUUUCAUUCAGCUCAAAUCAUGGUAUUUGUAGGUGAAACAGGUUCAGGAAAAACUACUCAAAUUCCUCAGUUUGUUUUAUACGACGAUAUGCCACAUUUAUUGGGAAAGCAGGUAGCCUGUACCCAACCCAGGAGAGUUGCUGCUAUGUCUGUCGCAAGCAGAGUCGCAGACGAGAUGGAUGUAGAACUAGGUGAAGAGGUUGGAUAUAGCAUUAGGUUCGAAAACAAGACAUCAAACAAAACAAUACUCAAGUACAUGACUGACGGUAUGCUCUUGAGAGAAGCGAUGGAGGAUCACAAUUUGGAAAGAUAUUCAUGUAUUAUACUUGAUGAAGCUCACGAAAGAACUCUUGCAACUGAUAUAUUAAUGGGUUUGUUGAAAGAAGUGAGUGUGAAGAGACCUGACUUAAAAAUUAUUAUUAUGUCUGCUACAUUGGAUGCAGAAAAGUUUCAAAAGUAUUUCCAUAACGCUCCUCUAUUAGCAGUUCCAGGAAGAACAUUUCCGGUAGAAAUAUACUACACUCCAGAGUUUCAAAGAGAUUAUUUGGAUGCAGCAAUAAGAACAGUCUUGCAAAUACAUGCAACAGAAGAUGAAGGUGAUGUUUUAGUCUUUUUAACUGGUGAGGAUGAAAUCGAGGAUGCAUGUAGGAAAAUUUCUUUGGAAGGUGAUGAAUUAAUAAGAGAGCAGGGUGCUGGUCCCUUAAAAGUUUAUCCACUUUAUGGAUCCUUACCUCCUCAUCAACAACAGAAAAUUUUCGAUCCGGCUCCAGAAGCCUUUACUCCAAAUGGCAGACCAGGGCGUAAGGUUAUCGUUUCCACAAAUAUCGCAGAAACUUCGUUGACAAUUGACGGUAUUGUAUAUGUUGUUGAUCCGGGGUUUUCAAAGCAAAAGGUUUACAAUCCAAGAAUAAGAGUAGAGUCGCUAUUGGUAUCCCCUAUUUCGAAAGCUUCAGCACAACAGAGGGCUGGUCGUGCUGGUCGUACUAGGCCAGGUAAAUGCUUCAGGCUUUAUACUGAAGAAGCGUUCAAAAAGGAGUUAGUAGAGCAAUCCUAUCCUGAAAUCUUGAGAAGCAAUUUAGCAUCAACUGUAUUAGAGUUGAAGAAACUUGGUAUCGAUGAUUUGGUUCAUUUUGAUUUCAUGGAUCCGCCUGCUCCAGAAACAAUGAUGAGAGCCUUGGAAGAACUCAAUUACUUACAGUGCCUUUCGGAUGAAGGCGAUUUAACAGCUUUAGGUAGAAUGGCGUCCCAAUUUCCGUUAGAUCCUAUGUUAGCAGUAAUGCUAAUUGGGUCUCCCUCCUUCAGCUGUUCAGAAGAAAUAUUGAAUAUCGUGUCCUUGAUUUCUGUACCAAAUGUGUUCGUACGUCCUCCUUCAGCGAGAAAGCAGGCAGAUGAGGCUAAAAUGGCAUUUGCCCAUCGCGAUGGGGAUCAUUUGACGCUUUUGAAUGUUUACAAUGCAUUCGUUUCGGAUGAUGCAUUUGAAAUCGGAUUAAAUAAAUGGUGCCGCGAUAACUUCUUAUCAUAUAGGGCACUUAGCUCGGCGAAGAGCGUGAGAUAUCAGCUUCGUAGAAUAAUGGAGAAGCAUGAUUUGGACUUAAACUCGACCCCAGUUGAUGCUCGCUCUUAUUCUGUCAAUGUGAGACGGGCGCUCGCUGCAGGUUUCUUCAUGCAAGUUGCAAAAAAAAGACUGGGUGGAAAAGGAUAUUUAACUGUCAAAGAUAACCAAGAUGUUAUGAUACAUCCGUCAACACUGUUGACCUCCGAUAGUGAAUGGGUCAUGUACAACGAAUUUGUUCUUACCACUAAAAAUUAUAUCAGAACCGUGACCCAUGUGCGACCCGAGUGGUUGGUUGAGCUUGCUCCCAAAUAUUAUAAUUUGAAUCACUUUGCUAAAGGUGAUGUUAGAAUGUCGCUAGAACGAGUAAUAGAGAAAAUGCAAACCAUGGACAAACUCAAUUCUAAGAAAAAGAAGAAGAAGGAUUAG